GCGGCGAAGGUCGGGACGUAAACAUGGCAGCCCGCAGUAUGCUGAGGUCUGUGUGGAGCUCAUUUUCGGGUUUGAAAGUAGUGAAUGUUAAAGUCCAACAGAUGAUAAAUGUUCCCCAACUAUCGGCUUUAACCAUUCAGACUCGAGGAAUCCGCCAAGUGGUGAAGAAGCAGGAGGGUAAAAUAACAACGAUUGAGGGACACAUACUGGACGUUCGAACGGCACCAGAGCCUCCGAACCCCGCAGCCAAGUGUCCGAUCUACAGGUGGAACCUGCAACACAAAUACAACUACACGGACGUCCUGUUGCUUAGUCAGUUCAUCAGGUCAGAUGGAGGGUUGUUGCCAAAGAGAAUCACUGGUCUCUGUCCAGAGGAGCAUAAGAAGAUCGCCAUCUGCGUCCAGAUGGCCCACAGAGCAGGUCUGCUCCCCGACCAUAAGCCCCAACUUCCAGAGGGCCACGUCCCAAGGAAGUCCAAGUCACAACUGAACAGAUACCUCACCCGCUGGUCCAUCAACACGGUGAAACCCAUCAAGAGAACUGGACUGAAGUGGUGUAAGAAGCGCAUGGCUGUCGGCGACCCACUCCUCAAGGACAAUGUGCGUUAUGGUGUCAAGCACCUUAAUAUAAAACACUGAAGGCCCGACGGAUCGCUUCAGAGAGCGGGGUGGAUCUUUUCUUCUUCUUUUUUUUUUUUGUGUUAUACGAAGACGCAGUUUCAAGUGAAUCCGCUUUUGUCACGCCGCCCUCGGAAAGGGCUUGAAAGCUUCAACCAUCUGUAUUUAUCCUACCUUUUGUUUAUCAAGCCGAGUCACCCGAGCAACGAAGCGUGCGCGGCCCGACCCGCCGCCAUCUCGUCGAUCUCUGCUGGGUUUUCAAAAAAAAAAGCCCUUGAAGCGAACUCUGCAGCAACUUAAUGAGAGCAACAACUGGGUCAGUGUAACAAUUUCAAAGUAGGUGGUAUAUCGACUGUAUACUCGGAUGUGCAAAUAAAAUGUGUCUGCUUA